AAGUGCUGUCCGAAAGGGAUGCUGAUCCAACGCAGCGGACUCCGCUGUGUUCCGGCCGAGUCUCCCUGGACGCCGGUGUUCCACCGCGAGGAGAAUCCACUGUUAGAUACUGAGCCUGUCCGCCUGGUAACUGGUGUACCGGCGUGUGCUGAGCCCGGGGAGGAACCGCGAGGGGUGUUUCCACUAGAGCCUGACCGCCCACCACCGCAGCGACCCGCGAGUGAAGGCAGUUCCUCACAGGCAACAGACAAGACUGAGGCUCAUGCCAGCCCUUCAGGGUCUGAAGAGGCCUCACGCCCCCAUCCGGAUCGGUUCUUUUUACAGGAGGAUGGUCAACUGUUGGCGCCCGAGCAGGCUAUGAUACCCGCUGGAGAGUUUUGUGUCGAUCGGGUUCUGUAUGAAGAGUGUGAUGAGGAGCAGGAGACCGAUCCCUCCCCCACUCCUGAGCCCAGCGUGAGCUCCACCAGUUCCGCGGACAAUGCAGACGAAUCUACAGUAAGGUAUAGGACAAAGAGGCGCAAUGUGGUCACAGGUGGUAAUCGAGCAGUCAGAAGUCGCGAAAGAAGACAUCAACAUCGGAAGAGCAAGACGUCAAAUCUUCAUCAUUCGACCCUCCACAACAUUCAUCGAAAGCAGCGGGUGCGGCGUGGGGGUACAAUCUCCUCCGAACUCACCAUGUUAUCUUCCAUCCCAAGAACGGCUCGCUCCGUCGCCUCACCCCACGGAGGACCCCGCCCUCGUCUAAUGGCCGUUCUCUGCUACCCUCGUCCUGCCGCCGUGCCUCGGCCCGGUCCUCCCACCCUACUGACCGUUCUCCAGACGUGCUCGGCCGUGGGCCUGCUGGGGGUGCUGCUGGUGCACCUGCUGGUACCAGCGCUGCGGAACCAGCACGGCAGGUGUCUGGUGUCUCACGCGGCGGCGCUGUUGGUGGCGCUGGGAUGUCUGAUGGCGUCUUCACGGCCGGCGGUGUACUCCAGGCUGGAGCUCUGUCAGGGCGUAGGUCUUCUGAUGCACUUUUCGUUCCUGGCCUCCUGUUUCUGGCUGAACGUGAUGAGUUUCGACAUCUGGCUCACAUUUAGUCGUCUGCGCGCCGCUCCAUCCCGGACCAGCCAGCAGCGGGAGCGGUUCGUCCGCUACUCGCUGUACGCGUGGUGUUCACCACUCCUGCUGACGCUGCUCACGGCGCUGAUGCAGUUCGUGCCCGGGGAACAGCCGCUGCUGCCGCCGCCCGGGAUUGGACGGGUCAACUGCUGGUUCCCAGGCAGUCGUGAGAUGUUGAUCUAUUUCCACUGGCCGAUCCUGGCGCUGAUGACUGCCAACCUGUUCUUCUUCCUGGUGACGGCCUGUAACCUGCGCCGGGGGGAGAAGAACGCGGAGAGAGUGCGGAGCAGGAAGAGAGGCGUCGAGAGGUUCAAGAUCUACGUGCACCUGUUCGUUGUAAUGGGCGUAUCAUGGAUCGCCGAGGGUCUCUCCAAACAUUUCGGACCAAGCGACCUAUGGCUGGUGGCAGACUUGUUCAACAGUCUCCAGGGCGUGCUCAUCUUCCUCCUGCUGGUCCUCCGCGGUGGGACGCGCCGCGCGCUGCGUCGACAGGUGGCGCUCUGGUGGCGUCAGGCGGCGCGGCGCACUCUGAGCUCCUCCUCCGGCCGGCGCAGCCGCUCCACGUCCGCCUCCUCACGUCAGACAGUCCCCACCACGGCGUCAGCACGUCAGUCAACCCACACGUCAGCACGUCAGUCGGGUCACGCGUCAGCGGCAGUGCGGCUAUCAGUUCCAAUGCCAGUGUCGGCACGAAGGUCGCUGUCGCCGCCGCGGCGGACUCCAGAGAUGUCCAUUAGGUGGCGCUCUAAGUCAGUCGGGUCGAGACAGGUGGCGCUGGUGUCGAGGACAGAAGCACAGAGAGGAGGGGACGAGGAAGAGGGACAGAGAGGACGGAGAGGGAGAGUGGAGGACGAGAAAGAGACACGGAAAAGUCAUGUGGAGGUGAAAGUAUCUCAGGCUAACACGAGAGCAGGUCUUCUGAAUGGUAAGCUUCGCAUCAACUUUGGGUCUAGAGAUCGUGAUAGCAGUUCGAGAGAUUCAAUCAAUGUGUCUGGUAGCAGGAAUCCCACCGAAUCCGAUUCAUCCUGCAGUAUAGUUGUAAGUUCAAAUGGAGGGUCUGCUGUGUACAAAAAUUCUACGGUAAAAUGUGGUGAACGGGCUGGAGCAGGCAACCAUGUCCCUGUUGAAUCAAACAGAUCGGGGAGCUUGUCUAGUGAGCCAUAUAAAAUCAGCAUCAUAGCUAGUCAGUCUGAUAAGAUUUGCAAGGCAUCAAGUGAGUCUGAUGAGCUCGAGAGAAUGAAGACCGGAUAUGAUAAAUCUGAGGGGACACCCAGCAGCCAUGCUAAAUCUAACGGCAUACUUCCCGGAUCAGACAAAAGCCCACAGAAACCAGCUGAUCAUUCUGAUAGACAUAGGAAGACACGUGAUUUAGUUCAAACAAUUUCUGUACGAAUCGAGAGAGCGUCUUUCGAUUCUGACUGUGACAUUCACCAACAACACCCAGGAAGUGCUGAGCCUGACUCUGGACAUGCCAAGCCUGACUCGGGAAGUGUUGAAUCUGACAGUGACAGCGCUAUCACAGACUCUGCUGACUCGGAGUCAUAUGAAGGAGUCGGACUCAGUCUGAACAGACUCUUUAGUGACCCUCCAGGUACGGAGUCCUCACUUUGUGUGGCCACUCGGUCUGAUUCAGUGGUGUGUCAGCUUUCUAAUGGAACAGGCACGCAGUGUAAGCUAGCGGAGUCAGCGGCGAGGCGGCAGCGAGCUGGGACUGCUGUAUGAGUGAGCAGGAUUGGCGAGUGAGGGUACAAUCACUGCUGUUUGUGUAGUCGCUGAUGUGUUAGCGCAGUGACUUAUGUGUCUGUGCAACUACGGUGUAUUGCUAUGUAAGCGCAUUCUUUACUGUGAGCGCAGCCAUUGCUCUGUAAGUGCAGGCUCUGCCUUCUCAUCACAGUCAAUGUCAUGCCAGCAAAGCCAUUACUGUGUGCCACUUCAUUCAGUGUUAUGUGGAUGAAGCACUUUGUGCAGUUCAAAAGCCAUCAUUCGCGCCCGCUGCUCCUAGCGGCCAUUCAACCAAUCAAAAGCUAGCUCAUAGUUACCACAUUGCUAGCACAGAACAUGACUUGUUGAGCGGAUGGUUGAUACAUCUCUAUUUUUGUUUAUAAUGGGGAAAUCCUGGCAAUGUUGGCUUCCGAAUGUUAGUCUAUGAUGUUUAUGUCACACUUGUGACUGGGAGAAACAAAUGUUUAAACCGUUGAUGUUCAAUGUUAACAUAAGCUCAUGAGGCUCGCAAAACAAUCAUGUUAAACCUCGAUACCGUUCAAUGUGUCAUUUGUAAUUAGUUGUUACUGCCCGACGCCCGUGAGAUAGCCCUAUGCUCCGAUAUUAUUUGCCGUAAUUAUUGUUACCUUUCUUUUCAGCAGCCAGAAAUCGUUACUUAACCCGCGCCCUGCUGGGGGGGUGGUGUUUGAACACCCCCCCUUGUGGUUUUUCGCGAAUAUCUCAAAAACGGCGGCGCGGAGCGCCGCCGUUUUUGGUACACCUUAUCAUACAUCAAUUCUACACAUGUUGUGAAAAUUUCAGACCAAGGUCAUUCAAGGUCAGGUCACCAGGUCACUUGAAGUGACCUCACCUCAUAAAAAGUUUCAAUGUCUGUCAUAGCUACACCGAGUGACCGAUCGCUUUGAAACUUUCAGCGAUUGCUAAGAGCAACAGAAUGUACAAAAUGUUCAUCUCAGAAUUUUGAUAUCGAUGACCUAAGGUCAGGUCAAUUUUGCGACCUCCCCAUUAGGUAUAAGUCAAUGGGAGAAAAUUGAAAUGCGCCUCUUUUGGAUGAAAGACAUUAUAAACACUCCCAAACACCGAAUUACAAGUAUAUUAGACACACUGAACAUGAAAAUGGUGUCCGUGACCUUUGUUUAUGCCCUGAGGUCAUCUUAGGUCACGAAUGGUAACUAACAGUUUUUCGCAAAUAACUUUUGAUAGAGGCAUGCUAGAGCGAUGAAAACGCCUUAGAUGUGUUCAGCUCGACGAUACGGAUCGACUGAUAUGCAACAUGACCCUUUACGGUCAGGUCAUGACCUUGACCUGAGGCCAAAUUUUCAAGUUGACAUUUCAAGGUCAAGUUAUAGUUCAUUCGAUGCGUCUUGAUGAGAGGAACACGAUGCCGGUAAAAGUAAGCUCGUAAAAGGCUUGGGUCAAAAGUUAUUGCCGAAAAACUGUUUCCGAAAAAAUCGGCUAUUUUUGCAGUUUUUGCACCCUGCAGGCAAAACCGUUGACGUUAGGUCAAAUCUGAGAGAAUUAUUCAGAAAGGGCGUUAAUAGGGCUAUGGAAUGUGCUUUUCCGUGGCGCUGUAGCUCUAUUGGUUCCCGAGUUAUGCAUUGGCUUCUUGGAAAUUUUUGAUAUUCGACCUGGAAAUCGGCGAAAUUUGGCCGUCAAUGACCUCUGGUGACCUGACCUUUGACCUGACCAAAAAAUUGACCGAAGUGAUUUCGGCAUUAUUUUUGACGCUCUUUCGAACGCCGCCUUCCGCGUAUCGCUACGUGGCCCAGGAGCCGAGGGGCGUGGAAAUCCAGGACCCCCAGCCGGGCGCGGGUUAAUUGUAGGAACGAUUGACGUUAUCUGCCUACGAUCGGUAUUGUGUGCGAUAUUGUCUUCGCCAGGUGUGCUCAUAUGUUAUCAGUUUUUUCACGCGUGCAUAAAACAAGCUCGGCCUGCUGAUUGCUGAUUCUGCGUACGUUUCUCCAUACAUAAUAUACGUGUAUAUUU